AUGGCUUCAAAGCUGAGUCCCGCCCUCUUUCGAAGCUCCGCAAGGACAUUGCGACAGUUCCACAAGCCGCAAUGGCGCUCCUUCCGCACUACCGCCUGCGCCCGCAGCAGCGAUACCUACCACGUCCACAGAGACUCCCCUGACAACAACCCCAGCAUCCCCUUCAAGUUCACGGCGCAGAACGAAAAGCUCAUCAAGGAGAUCCUCUCGCGGUACCCGAGCCAGUACAAGAAGGCGGCCGUGAUGCCGCUGCUGGAUCUCGGGCAGCGCCAGCACGGCUUCACGAGCAUUAGCGUCAUGAAUGAGGUUGCGCGGAUCUUGGAGAUGCCGCCUAUGCGCGUGUAUGAGGUCGCUACGUUCUACACGAUGUAUAACCGGACCCCGGUCGGGCGGUUUCACGUGCAGUGUUGCACCACGACACCCUGCCAACUCCGCGACUCCGACAGCGUAAUGCGCGCCAUAAGCGACCACCUCGGCAUCCACGCGGGCGAAACAACGCCCGACGGCCUCUUCACCUUCACCGAGGUCGAGUGUCUCGGCGCCUGCGCAAACGCCCCCAUGGUCCAAAUCAACGACGACUACUACGAGGACCUGACCUACGACUCCACCGUCUCACUUCUCAAGGGCCUCCAGCAAGCCGCCGAGACCACGGGCAUGAGCGGCGGCGCGGCUGGCAUGGGACGCGGGUAUGAGGCCCAGGGCGUCAAGAUGCCGACGCCGGGGCCACUGAGUGGGAGGAAGACUUGUGAGCCUGCGGCGGGGCUGACGAGCUUGACGAGCCCGAUGUGGGGGAAUGAGAUGUUGAGGAAGGAUGGGGCAUUGUGA